GGCUCCUUGGUAAUGGCCAGUCUAAGGGAUUAGGACCAACAUCAGAACAGUCAGAGAAUGAGAAGGACGAUGCAUCCCAAGUGUCCUCUACUAGCAACGAUGUUAGUUCUUCAGAUUUUGAAGAAGGGCCGUCGAGAAAAAGGCCCAGGCUGCAAGCACAAAGGAAGUUUGCGCAAUCUCAGCCGAAUAGUCCCAGCACAACUCCAGUCAAGAUAGUGGAGCCGCUGCUGCCCCCUCCAGCCACGCAAAUUUCUGACCUCUCUAAAAGGAAGCCUAAGACAGAAGAUUUUCUCACCUUUCUCUGCCUUCGAGGUUCUCCUGCGCUGCCCAACAGCAUGGUGUAUUUUGGAAGCUCUCAGGACGAGGAGGACGUCGAGGAGGAAGAUGAUGAGACGGAAGACGUCAAAACCACCUCCAACAACGCUUCAUCUUCAUGCCAGUCAACCCCCAGGAAAGGGAAAGCCCAUAAGCAUGUUCAUAACGGGCAUGUGUUCAAUGGUUCCAGCAGGUCAUCACGGGAGAAGGAACCUGUUCAGAAACACAAGAGCAAGGAGGCCACUCCCGGGAAGGAGAAGCACAGUGACCCGCGGGCUGACAGCCGGAGGGAGCAGGCUCCCACGCACCACCCGGCAGCGGCGUCCUCCCCUGGCUCCGCGGCCAAGGGGCCCGCUGCUAACCACCACCACCACCCCGCUCUGCAUCGGUCGGCUCAGGACUUACGGAAACAGGUCUCUAAGGUAAACGGAGUCACGCGAAUGUCAUCUCUGGCUACGAACGCAGCCAGUGCCAAAAAGAUACGCGAAGUCAGGCCUUCAGCGUCCAAAACUGUGAAGUACACGGCCACGGUGACCAAGGGGACUGUCACUUACACCAAAGCUAAGAGAGAACUGGUCAAGGAAACCAAACCCGCUCACCACAAGCCCAGUUCCGCUGCCAACCACACAAUCUCAGGGAAAACUGAAAGUAGCAAUGCAAAAACCCGCAAACAGGUGCUAUCCCUCGGGGGUGCGGCCAAGGCCGCCGUCCACGGCCUGAAGGCCAGCGGCAGGUUGAACCCAAAGUCAUGCACUAAGGAGGUCGGGGGGCCCAGGCAGCUGCGGGAGGGGCUGCGGAAUUCCAAGAGGAGACUGGAAGAGGCGCCGCAGGUGGAGAAGCCGCAGUCGCCCCCCAAAAAGAUGAAAGGGGCGGCCGGCCCUGCCGAAGGGACCCCCGGCAGGAAGGCAGCGGCGGCCCCAGCAGCAGCAGGAGCAGCAGCGGCGGCGGCCCAGAAAGCCACGCCGAGUGGACACGGGAAGAAGGAAGCGGCCGAGCGGAGCUCAGAGCGGAGCCGGCCCAAGAGGGCCACGGCCGCUGCCACGGCGGCCAAGAGCUCAGCCGGCAGACAAGCACACGGCCCGGUGGCCGGCGCCUCCUGUGAAAAUCUUUCUACCUCGCAACCGGAGUCCUUGCACAAGCCGCACGAGGCGCCGGCCAAGGCCGAGAAGGCGGCCGGGCGGCCGGGCUGGGCCCCCAUGGCUGAGAUCCCCGUGCUGAGGCCCUCGGCCAAGGAGUUCCACGACCCUCUGGUCUACAUUGAGUCGGUGCGUGCUCAGGUGGAGAAGUUUGGCAUGUGCAGGGUGAUCCCCCCUCCGGACUGGCGGCCCGAAUGCAAGCUCAACGACGAGAUGCGCUUCGUCACGCAGAUCCAGCACAUCCACAAGCUGGGCCGGCGCUGGGGCCCCAACGUGCAGCGGCUGGCCUGCAUUAAGAAGCACCUCAGGUCUCAGGGCAUCACCAUGGACGAGCUCCCACUCAUAGGAGGCUGCGAGCUCGACCUGGCCUGCUUUUUCCGGCUGAUCAACGAGAUGGGCGGCAUGCAGCAAGUGACUGACCUCAAAAAAUGGAACAAACUGGCGGACAUGCUGCGUAUCCCCAGGACCGCGCAGGACAGGCUGGCCAAGCUGCAGGAGGCCUAUUGCCAGUACCUACUGUCCUACGACUCGCUGUCCCCCGAGGAGCACCGGCGGCUCGAGAAGGAGGUGCUGCAGGAGAAGGAGAGCCUGGAGAAGCGCAAGGGGCCCCUGGAGGGCCACACGGAGCACGACCCCAACAAGUUCCACCCCCUGCCCCGCUUCGAGCCCAAGAACGGGCUCAUCCACGGCGUGACGCCCCGCAACGGCUUCCGCAGCAAGCUCAAGGAGGUGGGCCAGGCCCAGCUCAAGACGGGCCGCCGGCGACUCUUCGCUCAGGAAAAGGAGGUCGUGAAGGAAGAGGAGGAGGACAAGGGCGUCCUUAAUGACUUCCACAAGUGUAUAUAUAAGGGAAGGUCUGUUUCUUUAACGACUUUUUACCGAACGGCAAGAAAUAUCAUGAACAUGUGCUUCAGCAAGGAGCCGGCACCAGCUGAAAUCGAGCAAGAAUACUGGCGGCUGGUGGAGGAGAAGGAUUGCCAUGUGGCCGUGCACUGUGGCAAGGUGGACACCAACACGCACGGCAGCGGCUUCCCCGUGGGGAAAUCAGAGCCAUUUUCAAGGCAUGGCUGGAACCUCACUGUCCUCCCCAACAACACAGGGUCCAUCCUGCGUCACCUUGGUGCUGUGCCUGGAGUGACCAUUCCCUGGCUCAAUAUUGGCAUGGUCUUUUCUACCUCAUGCUGGUCUCGGGACCAAAACCACCUACCCUACAUCGACUACUUACACACCGGUGCUGACUGCAUUUGGUAUUGCAUUCCUGCUGAGGAGGAGAGCAAGCUGGAGGACGUGGUGCAUACGCUGCUGCAGGCCAACGGGACCCCUGGGCUGCAGAUGCUGGAGAGCAACGUCAUGAUCUCCCCGGAGGUGCUUUGCAAGGAGGGGAUCCAGGUGCAUAGGACUGUGCAGCAGAGUGGCCAGUUCGUCGUCUGCUUCCCGGGCUCCUUCGUGUCCAAAGUGUGCUGCGGCUACAGUGUGUCUGAGACCGUACACUUCGCCACCACCCAGUGGACGAGCAUGGGCUUCGAGACGGCCAAGGAGAUGAAGCGCCGUCACAUCGCCAAGCCCUUCUCCAUGGAGAAGCUGCUCUACCAGAUUGCGCAGGCGGAAGCCAAGAAGGAGAACGGGCCCACGCUCAGCACCAUCUCGGCCCUUCUGGAUGAGCUCAGGGACACAGAGCUGCGGCAGCGGAGGCAGCUGUUCGAGGCCGGCCUCCAUUCCUCUGCGCGCUACGGCAGCCAUGAUGGGGCCGGGGCCGAUGGCAAGAAAAAGCCUCGGAAGUGGCUGCAGCUGGAGACGUCAGAGCGGAGGUGCCAGGUGUGCCAGCACCUGUGCUACCUGUCCAUGGUGGUACAGGAGAAUGAGAACGUGGUCUUCUGCCUGGAGUGCGCCCUGCGCCAUGUGGAGAAGCAGAAGUCCUGCCGUGGGCUGAAGCUCAUGUACCGUUAUGAUGAGGAACAGAUCAUCAGCCUGGUCAACCAGAUCUGCGGCAAGGUCUCGGGGAAGAACGGUGGCGUGGAGAAGUGUCUGAGCAAACCCACACCAAAAAGAGGGCCCCGCAAGAGAGCCACUGUGGACGUGCCGCCCUCCCGGCUCGCCGCCUCCGCCUCGGCCAGAAGUGCUUCGAGCUCGUCCUGAAGUUCCCAGCCCCGGCGCCGGAUAGCUAUUUUUUUGUAAUUAUAUUCUAGUUUGGAGUACUUGCAUAGGAUAAAAGCUGUCUUU